CUUUACUGGACCUCAGCAGGAAGCAAGAGAAGCUAGCUCCACCCAGGGCUUAUAUGGGGAGUCUAAAAGGGAGCCCAUAGGUCACUCUGGGGGUCAGCUGGUCACUGGAACCUUCUAGUUACAAAUUUGCUGUCUAACUGCCUUCAAUAUGUCUGGUCGUGGUAAGAAGGUCCAGAAACCAGCAGCUGGUAAGGCCUCCAGAUCGUCCAAGGCAGGGCUCCAGUUCCCAGUAGGCCGUAUCCACAGGUUCCUGAGGAAGGGAAACUACGCUGAGAGGAUUGGAUCUGGAGCCAGCAUCUAUCUAGCUGCCACCCUGGAAUACCUGUGUGCUGAGGUCCUGGAGCUGGCGGGAAACGCAGCCAGAGACAACAAGAAAUCCAGGAUCUUGCCCAGACACAUCCAACUGGCUGUCAGGAAUGAUGAGGAACUGGCCAAGCUGUUUGAUGGGGUCACCAUUGCCGAGGGAGGUGUCCUGCCAAAUAUCCAAGCAAUCCUACUGCCAAAGAAGACUGGAAAAGGAGCGUCCUCACAAGAACCCAAAGUUGCAGAGUCUCAGGAUUUCUAAAGUUUACGUAAUACCUUUUGUAUGUUUGUA